CACACAAGUCAACCGGCGUAUCGUAAUUUUUCUGCAUCGAGCCACAUUCGUGAUUUGAGUUCAUAGUACUCAUGUCGUCUGGCCAUAAAUAAGUGAGCGGCCUUGAUUUUGUGGGGGUGGUUGGCAUAUCGAUCAUGGCCCACGCUGCACACGCUCACCAUGACUCAGUAACCUCCCUCAAGGCUACUAGGGGUGCUGUGGCACACGGACUCGAGGAACAGAAUGUCAACGAACAGGCUGCAGAAAAACCAUAUAGCAUAUACACUCGUCAAGAAAAAUGGUUUAUUGUAAUGAUCGCCUCUUUGGCUGCAUUGUUUAGCCCGCUGACCGCAAAUGUGUACUUUCCUGCAAUACCGGCACUCGCUUCAGCUUUUCACACGUCUAUAGAAUCGAUCAAUCUGAGCGUCACCGCUUACAUGGUCUUCCAAGGCGUCUCUCCUAUGUUCUGGGGGACCUUGACGGACAGGAUUGGACGACGUCCCAUUUUUCUCGCUUGUCUCCUUGUCCUGUGUUUAUCCUGCAUCGGCUUGGCUUUAGUCCCGACCUCAGCGUACUGGUUACUAAUGCUCUUGCGAUGUAUGCAGGCCGCUGGUUCUGCCAGUACAAUCGCACUAGGCGCUGGGGUAAUCGGAGACAUAGGCACCCCUGCAGAACGCGGGGGCUUUUUCGGAAUACUUACCUUGGGACCACAAGUUGGACCUAGUCUGGGACCUAUUAUUGGUGGUGUCCUCGCAGACAAGCUGGGAUGGAGAUCUAUCUUCUGGUUUCUAUGCAUCAUGUCCGCCGCAUGUUUUGCUCUCAUGCUCAUUUUCCUACCUGAAACACUCCGUCGACUAGUGGGUGAUGGCAGUGUGAUACCGUCACCUUUCUAUCGUCCCCUCGUGCCAAUUUUUGGGAAAGGGCGUGUGGUCCGUGAUGCCCCCAAACCUCCCAAGCCCACACUGAACAAUCCACUACGCCUCUUCUUCUAUCUGGAUGUUCUAAACCUUCUCAUUUUCAAUGCAGUCCUAUAUGCCGUCUUCUAUGCGGUGAAUACCACGAUAUCCACUAUAUUCGCAAGCAAGUACCCGUUUCUGAACGAAAUAGAUAUAUCGUUGUGUUUCCUAGCCAUCGGUGGGGGGAUGGCUAUUGGCACUGUUCUGUCCGGCAGAAUGCUAGACGCUGAUUUUCAAAGAAUCAAGACUAGGCUCGUGAAGAAGGCUGAAGAAGAUCCUGAGAAGCGCAUACGGCCGGAGGAGGUGACGAGGGAGGAGAAUUUCCCAAUAGAAAGAGCCAGGCUGAGGAUGAUGCCCAUGUUUGCCGCCAUCUUUAUUUUGACAUGCGCUGGUUAUGGGUGGUCGCUUCAGCGAGAGACACAUAUCGCAGUUCCACUGAUCCUGCAAGUUAUUUUUGGUUAUACAGUCACCGCUAUCAUGACCGGCAUGCAGACGCUACUCAUUGAUCUACUACCAUCACAGGGUUCUUCCAUUACCGCAUGCAAUAAUUUGGUCCGAUGUUCCUUCGGUGCUUUGAUGGUCUCCGUCGUAGACCUGAUUGUCAACGCGAUAGGUCCCGGUUGGACCUAUCUACUGUUUGCAGGAAUAUGCCUGGCGUGCUCUCCCAUGAUCUGGCUUGCUAUUUGGAUUGGUCCACGCUGCCGUGCAAAGCGACGGGCCCGUAAUACUGCUGCUUGAUUAUGGUACCGGUGUCAUACAAAAAGAAAGCUAUGGGAAAGUACAUGUAGAAUGAGCCAAGUUACUUCGGUGCAAGAAAGUUCCAGAAUUGACUGAGCAUGUAAGGUAGACGACAUGCAUGUCGUCUAUGUAGCUGCCUUAUUACAAGAA